GCAUUGCAGAAACACGGAAAAACCUCAGUUCCGCGUAUUCGCCCAGGCAGCAAAAGUUAAGAUGGAGGAGGGGAAGGAAGCUAAAGAAGAACGAAAUGUCAUUUGUGAUGCGUCAGAAAUUGAGUACGUUAAUUAUGAGGGCGAGCAUCACUUGCCUCUCAUCAUGAAUCUGGUUGAUGAAGAGCUUAGCGAACCCUACUCAAUUUUCACGUACCGCUACUUUGUCUACCUAUGGCCUCACCUUUCUUUCCUUGCUUUCCAUGAAGGUAAAUGUGUUGGGACUGUGGUUUGCAAGAUGGCUGACCACAGAGGGACUUUCAGAGGUUACAUUGCAAUGCUUGUGGUUGUCAAGUCUUAUAGAGGGAAAGGCAUUGCCACAGAACUAGUCACACGAUCUAUCAAGGUGAUGAUGGAAUCAGGCUGUGAAGAGGUGACUCUUGAAGCAGAAGUCACCAAUAAAGGUGCACUUGCACUCUAUGGGCGUCUUGGGUUUAUCAGAGCGAAGAGGCUUUUCCGCUAUUACUUGAAUGGGGUUGAUGCUUUCCGACUCAAGCUAUUGUUCCCCCACCCGGAGUCGCAGCCCUUCCCGUCAAUGUUUGCUGCGGUGGACGAGAUUGAUAGACAUAACAGAAACAUACAUGCUGAAGGAAAUGCACUUGACGAGUACAUUUGAUAUCACACAUUAUCAUUACUGACUUGUGCGUCUAUUUAGGUUGUGAAUUUUGUAACCCUCCGGUUUGCAUUUUGUAUAAAAUUGGGGUUUAGAAAGUAAAACCCGUCUAUCAUUACUGACUUGUGCGUCUUAUGGGCAUUUAGGAUGUAUUCUUUUCGACUGUUUUUAGUCCCAUACAAGAUCAGAUCCGACCAGAUUUUCGUAGUUAUAAAAUACACAUAGACCAG